AUGGCCCCGCGCAAGAACGUCCCACGCGCCGCCCGCCGCUCUUCAGGAGCUGUGGCGGGUGAGGGUGGGCUGGUAUCGCCACAGUCAGAGGACCACGAUACCACCACAGACGGGAUCUCUGUCAACCUCUCUCCUGCUGCUGUCCGUUCUGUUAAUAAGCCGAACUCGCACAAGCAGCCCAAGAUCAAGAUGAUUGUCGAGCGCAAGAUCAAGAUUGUCACUGAGCAGCACAAUAUCGACAAGCCUCCUAUCCAGGAAGGCUUUCCUAUGAAAGAAUGGACUGUUGAGAUUUAUAUUCUCGACCAGGAGGGCAAGGAGAGGCCAGCCAGAUGCUUCACCAAGGCUGUCUACAACCUCCACCCUUCUUUUGCUCAGCCCGUUCAGACCUUCACCGAGCCUCCCUUCCGCUGCCGGAAUGAGGGUUGGGGUGAGUUCGAGAUGGCCAUUGACCUGUACACGACCGAAAAGGGUGGCAAGCAGACCAUCAUCCACGACCUCAAUUUUGCAGCUCCCCAGUACGAGAACAUCCACACCGUGACCUUCAAGAACCCGUCGCAAGCCCUUCAGGCCAUCCUUCGUGAGACGGGCCCGCUUCCAUCGGACGAGGAGCGCAAGCUGAAGAAAGCGGACGGUGGCAAGAAGAAGAAGGCGUAUGACAUCGAGAAGAUGGCUGAUGCCUUGGUCAAGCUCGGAGAGGAUGAUCUGCUCCAGGUGAUCCAAAUGAUCCAUGACAAUAAGGAUGACAAUACCUACAUCCAAAACAACAUCGAUGCGGGAGAGUUUUCGGUUGACCUUUAUACCCUGCCUGACCCUCUUCUUAAGAUGCUUUGGGACUUUGUGGUCAAGGCUGGUGUUGUUGCCGCUUAA